AUGUGUCAAGAGAAAUUGGUACAAGAAGCCGUGGAUACAUUUCUUGAUGAUGGAAUCCAUAGACAAUCAAUGAGGGACAAUCAUAAUAAGGCUUACAAGUCGUUUUCAGAUGUAAUUGAAGGCAAAGAAGAAAGAUUUCGUGAGACUCUGCUUGGCAAACGUGUUGAUUCUUUGGGGUGUUCUGUCAUUGUCGUAGGUCCUUCACUUUCAUUACAUCGAUGUGGAUUGCCUCGGGAAAUAGCAAUAGAACUUUUCCAGACAUUUGUAAUUCAUGGUUUAAUUAGACAACAGUUGGCUUCGAACUUAGGAGUUGCUAAGAAUAAAAUUCGGGAAAAAGACAUAUGUGCUGAGCCAAAUCAUCUUCAUGUAAAACCUGCUUACGUUAUUUAG